CUCAAGAAAAAUACUUUAGUUUGUUAUAAUCUUUCUAAUAGGCAAUAUUCUCCUUAUAAAAAUUUGAUAUUCCGAAACAACUUUUCUCAAAAGUUUAUUUAAUUACAAUAAGUUUUGUUGCCUUAUUUUAAAAUGGAUAUAUUAAACAGUGUUCAUCGUAUUUUAUUCACAAUUGACGAUCCACGCAUACAAGAUUGGAUAGUAUUUAAUUCUCCGUAUCUAGUAGGAUUAGUUUUAUUUGCAUAUAUUUACUUCGUUUUUGUAUGUGGUCCUAGGUUUAUGAAAAACAGAAAGCCAUAUUCGUUGAAAGUGUUUAUCAAAUGUUACGAUCUUUUUCAAGUUGUUCUUAAUAGUUUAAUUGUAUAUAAGUUGAUAAAAGGCGGUUGGCUUACAAGAGUAGGGAUGUAUUGCGUUCCUAUUACUUACGAAUCAUCUUCUGAAAAUAUGGAGUUUUUAUUAGCUGGUUGGUUGGCUAUAAUCUCAAAAAUGGUAGAUCUUUUGGAAACAGUAAUAUUUGUAUUACGAAAGAAAGACAAACAGAUUUCGUUUUUACAUUUGUAUCAUCAUAUAUCAACUUUGUUGAUCGGGUGGAUAUUUGGAAAAAAUAAUAUUAGUGGAAUGGCUCUUUUUUUACCUCUAAUUAAUUGUUCUGUUCAUGUAAUUAUGUACAUUUACUAUUUUUUUAGUUCGUUUGAUGGAAACAUUCGAACUACCAUUAAUAAAUAUAAACAUUGGGUUACAAUUAUUCAAAUGGUACAAUUCGUAAUAUUGUUUGCUCAUAACUCGCAAGGGUUAUUGCCGAGCUGUAAUGUACCUAAGAUACCCACUUUCCUUGUAACGUUAAAUAAUGUCAUAAAUUUCUUUUUGUUUUACAAUUUUUACAAGAGUGCCUAUUUAAAGAAAAAUAUCAAGCAAAAUUGAUAUUAAAUAUUAAACUUGUUAAUAAACACACAUUUAUUUUAAUUGUCUAUUAUGUACAAUAUAAUGUAUAAUGCAAUAUGAAAUAUAAUAAAAUGUUAUUUAAUU